AUGCUUCUUUACACACCAGACCCCCCCAGACCCCCUGGGACUACACACCAGACCCCCCCAGACCCCCUGGGACUACACACCAGACCCCCCCAGACCCCCUGGGACUACACACCAGACCCCCCCAGACCCCCUGGGAAGACACACCAGACCUCCCCAGACCCCCUGGGACUGCACACCAGACCCCCCCAGACCCCCUGGGACUACCCCCUGGGACUACACACCAUACCCCCCCAGACCCCCUGGGACUACACACCAGACCCCCCAGACCCCCUGGGACUACACACCAGACCCCCCCCAGACCCCCUGGGACUACACACCAGACCCCCUAGGACUACACACCAGACCCCACUAGACCCCCUGGGACUACACACCAGACCCCCCCAGACCCCCUGGGACUACACACCAUACCCCCCCAGACCCCCUGGGACUACACACCAGACCCCCCAGACCCCCUGGGACUACACACCAGACCCCCUGGGACUACACACCAGACCCCCCCAGACCCCCUGGUACUACACACCAGACCCCCUGGGACUACACACGAGACCCCACCAGACCCCCUGGGACUACACACCAAACCCCACCAGACCCUCCCAGACCCCCUGGGUCUACACACCAGACCCCACCAGACCCCUCAGACCCCCUGGGACUACACACCAGACCCCCCCAGACCCCCUGGGACUACACACCAGACCCCCUGGGACUACACACCAGACCCUCCCAGACCCCCUGGUACUACACACCAGACCCCCUGGGACUACACACCAGACCCCCCCAGACCCCCACAGACCCCCGGGGUCUGGGGGGGACUACACACUAGACCCACCCAGACCCCCUGGGACUACACACCAGACCCCCCCAGACAAGAAGAAGAAGUCAUCAUGUGCUCUCUACAUCCGGGCCAUGCUGCUGCUGCUGCUGUGUAAACAGUGUAGAGAAUCAACCUAG